AUGGACGAGGAGGAACGCGAACGCGAGGAGUCGUGGGGCGCCAGCAGGGCUGCGACCCGCACGCCUAGCUCGCGUCCGGCCUCGCACAAGUCCGCCCGCUCAACGCGCUCGAAGCAAAGCAGCCGCACCACAGAGCAGACGCCGCUGUUGUCGCAACAAGACCGGGACGACCGUCCGGAUAACGAGGAGACGCCCGCCGAGACAUCGCUGCGCCGGUCGCUGAGUGGCUCAUCAGUCAAGAGCGACAGUGAGCGGGUGCCGCUGUGGCGGAAGCGAUGGCCGAGCAUAUUGGCCCUUGUGAUACUCUGUGUCGUCUUCAUCAUCAUCAUGCUCGGAUUUCUGGCCAAGGAGAGCAUCGAGGAGUACUCGAUGCAGGCCGCCGACUUCAAGCCCACGAGGCUCACCAUGCAAGGCCUGACCGAACACGGGGCCGAUGUGCAAGUAGAGGGAGACUUCAAGAUGGACGCCAGCAAGGUCAAAAAGCAGAGCGUACGCAACCUGGGACGCUUCGGCACCUGGAUUGCGAGGGAAGCCGAAACUGGCGCCUUCGACGCCGACGUGUAUCUGCCCGAGUACGGAGACGUCUUGAUUGGUACAGCCAAGAUACCUGGCAUCAAAGUGAACAUCAGAAACGGACACACGACCCACGUAUCCUUUGUCGCAAACGUGCAGCCGGGCGAGCCCGAUGGCAUUCGAAAUGUCGCCAACGACUGGAUUGAUGGUCGGCUGGGACAGAUACGACUCAGGGGAAGGGCUUCCGUCCCAGUCAAGUCGGGCUUGAUCAACGUUGGCAGGCAGCUUGUUGAGCACUCCAUGGUAUUGCAGGGAGGCGACAUCCCUUCACUGCCUCACUACAACAUCACAAAGCUCAACCUCGGUGAGGCCAAGCAUGGUCAGAAGGGGCUUGGUGCCGAUGCCACCAUUGUCGUCCACAACGACUUCCCCGUUCAAAUCACUCUACCUCCCGUGGCUGUAGACGUUGGUAUUGAGGGCUGCUCGGCCACCGAUAAGCACAUCAUGGUUGGCACCGCACGCACUGGAGAACUCAAAGUUAACCCAGAGUCCGACGUCAAGGUCGAGGUCACUGGCAACGUUGACAAGCUGUCAGACCCACUGACCCAAGUGUGCCCCAACUCGGCCAAAUCUCCUCUUGAUGCCUUCUUGGGUGACUACAUGAAAGGCGAAGACGCAACCAUCUAUAUCAGCUGCUGCAAGUUCCCUGACCCAGCUACCCCUGAGUGGGCUCGUGACCUUCUCAAGGACAUUACUGUCCCUGUUCCCUUUGCUGGAAAAUCCAUGGGCAACCUGAUCAGAAACUUUUCUCUUGCCGAUAUGCAUUUCAGUCUUCCCAACCCAUUCGCUGAACCCGGCACACCCGAAGCAGCGCCUAAGAUCUCUGGCAUUGUCAACGUUGACAUCGGUCUUCCCAACGAAAUGAACUUUCCUAUUGAUGUCAAUCAAGUCAAGGCCGACGCCGACAUCUACUACCACAAGAAGAAGCUCGGAAAGAUGAACUUAGAGAAGUGGCAAAAAACAAACUCUACCCGUAUCGAAGGCAAGGGUUCGGAAGGACCUACCCUCCUUGUUCAGUCUGUCAUCAAGAAUGCUCCCAUUGAAAUUCUGGACGAUGAUCUCUUCAGCGAAGUUGUGCAAGCUCUGCUAUUUGGCGGUAAAUCCAUCAUGAUGGAUCUCAAGGCUGCAGUCAGCGUUGGUGUAGACACGCCUAUGGGCAAGCUCGCAGUGCGCGGCAUUCCUGCACAGGGAGUUGUACCAGUCAAACCGAUUCGCGGCGGCAAGGACACCAAACCUGGUAACGGCAACGACAAGAACAAUGGAAGCGGGCUCAACAUUAAAGUCGGCAACCUGGCUAUAGUUGAUACCUCGCCUACUUCUCUUACCAUUAACGCCAUGGUCAACUUUACGAACCCUACGAAUUACUCAGCUACAAUUCCCUAUUUUAACAUUAACGUUUUGGCAAACGGGUCGCAUAUCGGCAGUGCGACAAUCGAAAAUAUGGAGGUUCUCCCCGGAAAUAACACAAACAAACUUGCUUCUCUUCUUUGGGAUCCUUAUACGUUCGGAGGCGACAAGGGAAAGAAAAUCGGCGCCGAACUACUUUCCCAAUACAUUUCUGGUUUCAACACUACAAUAACUGUCCAGGCUCACGAGAAAUCUGUGCCAGCCCUCCCGUACAUUGGACGUCUUCUCUCGCACUUUCCAAUUGAGCGACCUAUGCCACACAUGUCUACUCCUAAGAAGCCGUCCGAUGGUGACGAUGACGAUGACCCUGAGGAUGACGGCAAAUCCCACUUCAUUCGCGGCACGACCAUGCAUUUGAUUAGUAGCACAGCCGUAUUCACUCUCGCUUCCCCAUUCCGCUCGACAACACUGUACAUUACCGACAUGAAUGCAACUGCCUACUACGAGGGCCAUAUCGCUGGCAAAAUUCUCUACGAUCUACCUUUCGCUGUACCUCCCGGGCUCUCGGAAUCCCCGCGUUUACCCGUCGACUGGUCAUUCGGUAGUCUCGGGUAUGAAGCCAUUAAGAGGGCACUCGGGGGACAAUUGAAACUAAGUGCCUUUGCCAAUGUGGGUGUAAGGAUCGGAGAGUGGAGAGAAAGCGUAUGGUUCAAGGGCGGUAAGAUUGGCGCAAACGUUAGACUCUAG